AUGGCGACCGUCAAUGAGACGUUUGCCUCGCCCGUGGCUGAUGCCGGCCUGGCUUCCUCAAUCACCCAGGAUCCCGCUGGCUUGUUGAUGUCCAUCUACAAUGGCAUGACCGUCUGGUCCGCCCUCUUCACCAUCUUCCUCCUCCUCGUCACCUACGAUCAAGUGAAAUACAUCUGGCUCAAGGGAUCCAUUGAAGGCCCCAGGUUCAAAAUCCCCUUCAUGGGCCCCUUCCUCCAGUCCGUCAAUCCAAAGUUCCUCGAGUACCAGGCGAAAUGGGCUAGCGGUGAAUUGAGCUGUGUCUCCGUUUUCCACAAGUUCGUCGUCAUUGCUUCGACCCGUGAUAUGUCCCGUAAGGUUUUCAAUUCGCCAGCAUAUGUGAAACCAUGCGUUGUCGAUGUUGCGCACAAACUUCUUGGCAAGGAUAACUGGGUGUUUUUGGAUGGCAAAGAGCACGUAGAAUAUCGCAAGGGCUUGAACGGCCUUUUCACCAGAGCGGCCCUGACCAACUACAUGCCCCAGCUGGAAGAUGUCUAUGAUAGAUUCUACAACAUGUUCGUCCAAAAAUCCGAGGAGCUCGAGAUGAAGCCGGAGCCGUGGAUGCCGCAUUUCCGUGAAUUGAUGACCGCAUUGUCCUGCCGCACGUUCGUGGGCCAUUACAUGUCUGAUGAGGCCGUCAAGAACAUCGCAGACGACUACUACCUAAUCACCGCUGCCCUCGAGUUGGUCAACUUCCCCAUCAUCAUCCCCUUCACCAAGACAUGGUACGGAAAGAAAUCGUCAGACAUGGUCCUGCGCGAAUUCUCAAAAUGCGCUGCCAAGAGUAAAAUUCGCAUGGCCAAGGGCGAGAAAGUAACCUGCAUCAUGGACGCCUGGGUCAAGAAUAUGCUGGACUCCGCCGCCUACCGCGAGAAGAUCGCCAAGGGCGUGCCCGUGAACGAUUCAGAUAAACCAGCCCAUCUCCUCCGUGACUUCACCGAUUAUGAAAUCGCCCAGACCAUCUUCACCUUCCUGUUCGCUUCACAGGAUGCCACCAGUAGCGCGUCCACUUGGCUCUUCCAACUCAUGGCUGACCGGCCCGAAAUCCUCGACAAAGUCCGCGAAGAGAACCUGAGACUCAGAGGCGGCGACCGUAAUGUCCCCAUCAGCAUGGAGCUGCUGGAUCAGAUGACCUACACUCGCGCAGUUGUCAGAGAAACCCUCCGCUACCGCCCACCAGUAAUCAUGGUUCCCUACAUGGUCAAGAAGGACUUCCCCGUCACCCCCACCUACACUCUACCCAAGGGCUCCAUGAUCAUCCCCUCCGUGUGGCCCGCCACUCAUGACCCAGAGGCCUACCCGGACCCGGACUCAUUCAAACCAGAGCGAUGGCUGAACGGUGAAGCGGAUAAGGCCGCAAAGAACUUCCUCGUCUUCGGCACAGGCCCGCAUUAUUGUCUGGGUCAAACAUAUGCCCAACUUAAUCUGAUGGCUAUGAUUGGUAAGGCUAGUAUGUUUCUCGAUUGGGACCAUCAUAUCACUCCUGUAUCGGAGGAUAUUCGGGUGUUUGCUACGAUUUUCCCGCAGGAUGACUGCCCCCUCGUUUUCCGCCGCAGACCGGAAUAG